GCUUCCUCCCAGCAAACCUUGCAAAGGAUUGUCUUUCUCCAGGAGGGCAUCCUCCUCCUUUUUGUCAGUUCUCGAGAAUUCCCAUCCUCGAGAGCCUUAUUUAAGAUUCAUAUCCCACCCACUGUCUCUCGUGUUGCUCCUCAGCAUCACCCAACAAACAAGCUCUUCAGGCUCUUCUCACUUUUCUUUCCUUCCAUAUAUUCCUGCUGCGCGGGUUACAUUUUCUGUACACUUAUCCAUAUCACUUCUUUUGGCAAUUACGCCAAUCACUUUAUUCACAAGCAGCUUCAUUUUAAAGCUCCUCUGCAUACUACGCACCACCAGCUCCAUCUCCCCGCUACGUCACUACGCACACCACAAUGCUUCCCAUUACCACCUCGGCCAUCCUAGCCAGCCUGCUUGCCGGGCUUGCACACGGAUCACCUGUUUCCGCCGCUAGCUCAAACCUUGACGCCAUCAACAAUGGUGUUUCAGUCGGCGCUAGCCUUAUCGCUCGCAGCCCCAGUGCGUGGGACGACUUAAACACCAUCCUCGGCGGUGGUCACCACAAGCACGAUGAUGAUAAUGACGACGAUGAUGACAACAACGAUCAUCAAGACCAUCACAAUGAGAACAACAACAACGGUCAUGGUAGACCCAAGCCCACCCAUACCAAGCCUGCCUCUACCAAGCCCGCUACUCCCACUACCACUUCAACCUCCAUCAGUGGCAGCAAGCCAGGCAGUCUCUGGAAGCCCCAGGUUGGCACCCCAUGGCAAAUCAUCCUCCGCAACACUGUUAAUGCCAAUGUUGAGUCAUUGACUCCUGAUGUCAGCGUCUGGGACAUUGACGUCAAUGAGCACCCCGAUGCCAUGAUUGAGCUUCUUCACAGCCAGGGCAAGAAGGUCAUCUGCUACUUCAGCGCCGGCUCUUGGGAGGACUGGCGCGCUGACAAGGACAAGUUCAAGCCUGAAGAUCUUGGCAACGUUCUCGAUGGCUGGCCCAACGAGAAGUGGCUCAAGACUGACAGCCCCAAUGUCCGCGCCAUUAUGAGCCAGCGCAUUGCCACUGCCGCUGCUAAGAAGUGCGACGCCAUUGACCCCGACAACGUUGACGGAUUUCAAAACAACAACGGUCUUGGUCUGACCAAGGAAGGCGCUGUUGACUACAUGAAGUUCCUCUCUGCCGAGGCCCGCAAGUACAACAUGGCCAUUGGUCUCAAGAACGCCGGUGACAUUAUUGACGAUGUCCUUGACUAUGUGGACUUUUCUGUUAAUGAGCAGUGUGCUCAGUACAGCGAGUGCGGUCUCUUUGCCAAGUUCAUCAAGGCCGGCAAGCCCGUCUUCCAGAUUGAGUACCCCAACGAGAAGAAGCGCGGCGUCGCUCCUCGCGACAUGACACCUGCUGCCGAGAAGGCCUGCCGCAGCAUGGAGGCUGCCAGUCUCUGGGGCUUCAGCACUGUCAUCAAGAACCUUGACCUCGGCGGCUGGGUCCAGUACUGCGACGGCAAGACCUACGAUACUCCCACUGUUUAAACUGGUAAUUGGUUUCAACAUACAAUCACUCUCCUUUAUGAUCCUUAUGAUCUCUCACGCUCUUUACGAUGCAUUUUGACGACUUGGGUGGAUACUUGACUUUUUUCUUGUCUGAAGCCUGGCGCUUUCUUCUCAUUGCUAGCAUUUAAUAUCAAUUUGAACCAUGUUCCCAAUCACAUUGACUUUGUCCCAAUGUAAUCCGUCUUUGCUUCACCGCCAAUGACAUCAACAUCCAAUAAGGGCCGAAUAAAAC